AAUGUAAAUUCCAAUAUUGUAGAAGAAAAUCAAUCGAUUGGCUUCAAACGUGGCAAUUAUUGUUACUUCAUGCAUGUAAAGCCUUUUUUCCAAGAGGCGAAACAGAAAGUAAACAAGAUAAUAGCUUCUGCAAAAUUCAUGCGCGGAGGUUUUCGUAUUGACGAACCUAUUUAAAUUAUUUUGCUAACACUCAGCGCAUUUCAGGUUUGAAUUAUUUUCUGUUCAUACAUUCUUUUUCUGCAUUAAAAUGUCGUUAUUUCUUAACGUCUCGCCGAAAAGGGGGAUGUACUACAUAUCAGUGAACAGGAAUAUACGCAUGCGCGUAAUGUUUUUUGAAUUACUAAUUGUAUUUUCGUUAUAAUGAAUGCUUAUACAUUUCAAAGCAAUAAUUUUCAUCAACAUGAACAAAAAUUUGUACUAAUAAAAACUAAUCAUACUCAUUUGUGAUGAAAUUUAUUAAGCAACAUGGAGAGUUAUAAACAAAAUACGGACAUAUGUUCGACUUUAGCAGAUAUCUAAACGAUUUAUCUCGUGAACGGCUUUUAAAACAGAUAAAGAAUCUAAGUAAGUACAAAACGUUAUCUGUUAACAAAAUAUAUUACCUUGCUGACAGUGAAACGUUAAUAACAUAAUGGCGGAACUGUGUGAAAAAGAGAUUUUAAAACUGUAUGCAUAUUUGGAAAAAAUUGCUAGAACGGAAGAUAAGGAUAUAAGUGGUAUAAAAGGACUAGAAAAACAUUUUGAAAACUUUUUCCAGUCGAAAACCGAAGACCCACAGAAAAACAUUCAAUUAGGACUUCUUCAGAAUGAAGACUUUCUUACCAAUAGCAAAAUUGACAGAUCGCUUAGACUAGAAAUCAAAUUGAAUGCAGAAAAGAUAGGAGAUAUUGUUUUGAAUGGGGAUUCGUUGCUAUUACGUGCAAUGUCAAUAAACGUGAAAAAGAACAGUCCCCGAAAAGGAAUUCUCGACAAAAUCAUCAAGUGUAUAAUAAAAUACUGUCCGGAAUUAAUCAGUUUUCAGAACUGUAAAGGUGUGACCCCAGUGCAUCUAGCAAUUGUGCAAGAAGACAAAAAGCUUCUUGAGAUUAUGGCAGACACACUUAAUAAAGAUGUUGACACAAUUCAGCAGAAAGCAACAUUAAUGAGAAUCCAUGCAGAAGGCGCCAUAUUUCAAGAUACAGUCAUGAUGGCUGGGACUCUGCUUGGGGUCGCUUCUUUAAAAUUCAACGAAGAAAUAUUCUGUAUCCUCCUUAAGAACGGUGUAUCGGAAUUAGAUGCUACAAACGAAAAAAGCGAUAAUAUUAUACAUUCUUUGAUAAAGUAUGCACACAUCAAACCAGCAAAGCUCGAUUCCGUGCUCAGAAUGGUCAGUUUCAUUUUGGAUUGUCAGUUUAUCAAAACAGGACAGAAGUAUGAGAAGAAAAAGAUAGGUUCUAGCGCUUUCUUUCGGGAUAAUCAGUGGACUUUGAGGAAAGAUGUGCGUAAACUACUGAUGAUGAGGAACAAAGAGAAACUCACCCCACUGCAGUUGGCAGCUAAAAGGCAGCAGUUCAAAAUCUUUGAAGUAAUCAUUAAUCAUGAGGUAUACCUUUCACGGGAAUCUAACGACGGUCUCUUUAAUGAAGAAACAUACGACAUCACUGAGAUCGAAACGCUUGCAAUUAAAAGUGACGUCAAUGCAUCACAUGAAGAGCACAUCAAAACCGAGCAUCAUGAAUCGGUACUAGAAUAUGUGCUCCAUCAUCAGACAAACAACGCGUUCUUAUUUACAAACGUUACGCCAGUAAAGGAGGUGAUAAGAGAAAAGUGGAAAUAUUACAGAACUUGGUUCCUUUUAUGGUUUGCCAUUUAUCUUGUCUUCAUGAUUCUUCUCUCAUAUGCUGCUGUAUUAAGGUCAUAUAUGACGACCUCGAUCUCGGACAACAGUACAAUUCAAUUUACAUAUCCUGUGCCAAAAAACGUUUUUGUUACAGCUAUAUCAGCGAUUGGUUUGCUUUUCUCUGCAUUGUUUGUUUCAAUGGAGUGUGCCAGAAAAAAUAUUUCACGAUUUCGGUCUCAAACCUCUUCAAAUUUUACAAAACGUAUUAUUCGUCACUUUAGCACGCCAUAUUCAAACGUCAUGUUUCGAAUGUACUUUGUCUUAUUUUCAUUUCUUCUCCUGUUUGAUUUCAUUUUUGCCGCAAUUAGAGGAUCAGGAAGUAUGUCUGGAUACGAAAAUUAUUGCCUGAUUUUUGCAAUUAUAAUAGGGUGGUACCUUGUUUUAUUCUUUCUUCAAAUUUUCAAAGCAUUCAGUUUCUAUACUGUUUUGAUUCAGAGGGUUAUUUCUGAUAUGAUAAAGUUCGCAUUUGUCAUGGGCAUAUUUCUGAUAGCUUUUUCUAUUGCAAUGUUCAUGAUUAUGCAAGGCGCUAACACGGAAGAUGAAGAUUUUAACAAUUUAGGAAAAGCAAUGGUCAAAAUGUUGACUAUUAUGCUUGGUAUCGGAGAAUUAGACAUACUGUUUCAGGCUCGACAACCGAUUUUAGCGGUUACAGUCUUUGUGCUUUUUGUUCUUUUAACAACAAUCCUUUUACUCAAUGCACUAAUAGCAAUGAUGUCCAAUUCGUGCACGGACUUGAUGAGUAACAAUGCCGAUGUAGUAGCCACAAAAAUGCAUUAUCGUCUUCAGAAGUUGUCCGUUAUUUUAUUUCUCGAAAGUUUCCUUCCCCGUAGAUUUUGUAAGGAGGUCGGUACCGUAAAACAGAUGCCAAGAUAUGACAAUGAAAAUAAUAAAGACCAAAGACGCAUGUGGAUGAGGAAUUCCGUACACGGCCAUGAAGGAGCGGGGUUUGACGCAUCGGAAGAGUCAGUACAGCUUACACAUAACAAAAAUGAUAUUUCUAGUUUACUGGGAAAGAUUCUGCCAAGAAAGAAAACUUCACAUAAAAAACGCAAAGUGUUUCCUGAAAUUCAAAAUACAAGUGUUUCCGCCCUACAGGGUCAGCAGUCAUUGAACAGGCGGCUUGAUAUCACAGACAUUGAACGAACAAGAUGUGAGUCCUGUCAAAAUCAUUCCAAAAUUCUUUUUCAAACACAAGAAAUAACGGAAUUUUUAUAAUGGAUGAGUGAAUAGUUGGAUUUUACAGCGACUCGACACAAAAAGAAUAAAUAUCGCCGAAACGAAAUGAAGUUGAUAAACAUUUAUUGUAAAAUCCUACAUACAGUCAAGUCCUGACAUAAUGACAAUCAAUGCGUAUAAAACUUUUUCAUGUUGAAAUUGUAAAGUAAAUGCAUGUCUUUUUCAAAAAAAAAAGAUAAAACAGUGUCAGCAGAAACUGUAAAAAAGCAACUCCAAGGAGUUAUUUUCAAAAUCUGCAGUGCGCUAUGGAGAGAAGUCCUCGCAGUUGGUUGAAAUAUGUUUAAUAUUAAGUGGCGUUUGACAUGGUGUCAUUCAUGCUGUUCUUCUUCCUUCAGAAGAUAAGAAUGUGUCAAAUGGGUAUGACCUAUUCAGUAGAACUUAAAUGUUCUUUGAUUUCAUAACUAUAAAAUUCAAUUCAAACAUGCUUUAUAAAACAAUUGCCUUUAACAUUUUGAUUCUUGACAAUAAAAAGUUAAAUACA